AUGGCCUCUUUCCUCCUACACCUACAGGGAAUCAACGUCCUCGCUUAUCUCGACGACUGGGUUAUCUGGGACAAAACUUACGAGUUGACAGCGAAGGCCGUCAACACAACAAUUAAUCUCCUGAGGGACCUUGGCUUCCUCAUCAACAUCCCAAAGUCACACCUCCUACCAUCAACAGACCUAGAGUGGCUAGGAGUUCGAUGGCUACCCCUGCUCGGACGCUGGGCACUACCAAAGAACAAGCAAGUGGCCAUCCUUACAGCCAUCAAGCGCGUCCUGUCUCAAAAUCAGGUUUCGUGCCGGCAAUGGGAACAUCUCCUCAGCAAACUCACCUUUGCCACCCAAAUACUGCGGCACAACCAACCCUUGCUACAACCACUCUUGCGCCCACAGAUGCUCUCAGACCACUUGCACCGGGACACGCUGAAGCCGCUCCCUUCAGACUUAGCCAAGCAUCUUCAGCUGUGGUUACUCCCCAAGACACUGGUAAGUUCACACCGUUUCCACCACUUGGGAGACAUGAUCCAUCUAUGGACCGAUGCUUCCCUUUUCGGAUGGGGAGGUCACACUCUUGCUCAUCAGGCAUCAGGUAUUUGGGAUACAAACGAGUCAUCCCUACACAUCAACUGUCUCGAAGUUCGAGCAGUCCUUCACUCAAUUCUGUCCCUCAACUUAACAGACUGCCAGCUCCAUCUAUUCAUAGACAAUCAGGCAGCACAAUGUGCCAUAAACAAGUUAAGAUGCAAGUCAACUUCGCUGUUAAAAGAGAUCUCAAAUCUCAACAGAUACCUCUGUUCAUGCAAACUCUUCAUCAAAGCUUUCAGGAUCUCUACCCUUUUAAACUCAAGGGCAGACAGCCUGAGCCAACUAGCGAUCACCUCAACCGAAUGGUCUCUCCCAGAACAAAUAUUCAAGCACAUUCUGACAUGGAGAGGGCCUCUAGAAAUAGAUUUAAUGCCAACGAACAAGAACAAGAAACUACCCCUGUACAUCUCCCCUUAUCCAGACCCGGAAGCUCUCACCUCAAAUGCGUUAGCCCAAGACUGGAACAGAUGGGAACAGAUUUAUAUCUUUCCAUCAAAGUGGCUACUUCCUCUGGUCCUCGAAAAACUGCAGACUUACCAUCAUCACGGAGUGAUAAUACUUCCAUGGUACCCAACGGAGCCUUGGUUCAGCUAUAUACUGAACAAGUAA